UCACAUGUUUCCACCACUUCCAGAAGGACGUUUGUGGCGGGAGUUUGACGCGUGUGCACUUUCUUGAGAAAAAAAAGUUGCCGUGGAGAAGCUUUUCACACGCUUUGCGUCUUUUUUCGCGUAAAAGAGAUGGCUGAAAGGAGGGAUGAAAUUAAAGACUUCUCCAGCACUGUGACAGCUACGUCUAGCUUGUCUAACGGUACUCCAAAAGGUGCAGACACACAGCACGAGAGCCAAGACACCCGUCCACUUCAAAACGGACUGAAAUAUCCGCAACGCUUCUCGUUCAGCGCGGAACCGACCCUAGAAGACAUCCGACGGUUGCAGGCAGAGUUUACGGACGAAAGAGAUUGGAACCAGUUUCACCAGCCGAGGAAUUUGCUGCUCGCCAUGGUGGGAGAGGUUGGAGAGGUAUCCGAAUUGUUCCAGUGGAGAGGGGAGGUGGCGGAGGGGCUUCCUGGUUGGACUGAAGCAGAACGCGAACAACUGUCCCAUGAACUUAGUGAUGUGCUGAUCUACCUACUGGAGCUGGCGGAGAAAUGCCACGUUGACCUCCCGCAAGCGGUACUGAAGAAAAUGGCCCUUAACCGGCUCAAGUACCCGGCCAGCAAAGUGCACGGUUCGGCGAAGAAAUACACUGAAUACCAAGACUGAAAUGCCAAGUUAACGCCCUGCGCUGUAUGUUUUAUUCUUGGCAAAAUACGCGGUUUCCUCAUUUUAAGGUUUGUUCGUUAGCUAGUCCUGUAGAGUAACGAGAAAUGUACAUAAUUUCAACACCACUGUAACAAGCGACACAAAUUCUGUUUUAAAUUUGAGUGGAAUUUCAUUUUUAGCGGGAGUGCACUUAUAGCUAGGCAUCUAGGCCAAUAUAUUUUCCGAGUUGUAUUGGUCCUUUGCAAUGCUCGAUGCUAGGUUUCAUUUUUACCGGAAACUGUUUUUCCCGAGUCAGUUCUCUUAUCAAGAUUUAACUUGUAUAAUAUAGCCAUCGUAUAGAUUAUGGUCAUUUUAAGUCAUCACUAACGUUACCUUGAUCUAACGUUAGCUAGUAAUAUUUUCAGUCAGAACUUGUUAACGUUACAUCGCACAACAAUGUCCACCUUUUCCUUUUUCUUUGCGACAGUACAAAAACAUAAACCACGUUUUAAAGACA